UUGGCCCAAACUAAAGAACAUCAUCACGCUUACAACCUCACUUCUUCUGCGUCUUCGUCAUCACUUCUUCUGCUUCUGUUCCUGCGUCUUCGUCAUCACAGUUGUGUUCAGUGGCCAUGGCCCACUCUGAGUCGCACGAGCAUCAUCUCCUGCUUCAUUUGACGGUGGCCAGAUUUUUCGUCAUCACGCCGCCGGCGUUCUUCUCCUCCUUCCCUCAAUUGCUGGUUUAUGGAUUGCGUGUUUGGCCUAGGGUUUCGUGUUUUCGUUGUCAUCUUCUGAAAGAUGCUUGAAGAAAGGGAAAUGAGGCAUCAAUGAGGCAGCAAUUACGUUUGUUGAUACUCCCCAAGUUUCAUCGUCAUCUCCCCUCAUUCUGCCAUUUCCAGUUGUUGUAGUUGCUUUACAGAUCACAGAUCACAGAAGGUCAUCUAUUUCGUCUAUUGUGAAGGCUCCUCCUAAGCUGGGGUUAAGAUUGAGGCCAUUGCUAGAAACAAUCUAAUCACUAAAUUUAAGAAUGAUCUACUUGAAGGGAAGGUUUACCGGAUUUCGACUUUUAUGGUUUCAACCAACAGUGGCUUUUUCAUGGCUGCCAACAACGAGUUCAAGAUCAAUUUGAUUGACAAAACUAAGGCUGUUCUUGAAGAGGAUCCCUUGAUUCCAUUGAACAUGUUUACCUUCAAGAAUUCAGAAGAAAUCAUAGCCACUGGGGGUGAUUAUAACUACUUGAUUGACAUCAUUGGCUUGGUUACUAACGUUUCCAAGGAAAAACAGUACAAUAAGGGUUGUGGUGUUACUAGGAUGAUUGAGAUGGAGUUGACUGAUGAUAAGGGGAAGAUUCAGUGUGCUUUAUUUGGCAACUAUGUUGAUGUUGUUAAGGAAUUAGUUGCUUCUAAUGGUUAUCGUAUGGCUGUUGUGAUUCUUCAAUUUGUCAAGGUCAAGACAUUCAAGGGUGAUGUUGUACUUCAAAAUGUUAUGAAUGCUACAAAUGUUAUUUGGAACCCGACCACACAAGAGGUUGCUACUUUUCGUGAUGGGUUGGCUAUCCAUGGAAUUGAAUCUGAUGAGCUUAUAGCUGAUAUAGCUGAUUUUGCUGAGGACGAUGAUAUCCGAGUCAUUCCAUUAGGUGAGGAGUUCCUUACUUUAUAUCCCAGGAAAACGAUACAACAACUCAACACCAGUGCUGAGGAUGGAGUUUUUGUAGUUAGAGCUACAAUAUUAGAUACAUUAGAUUCAUGUACAUGUAGAUAUAUUAGAUAG